AAACAGUAUGGGUUUUGUGAGUGUAUGAAUGCAGACCAUGCAAGUUGAGGUGUGGUACUCUGUUCUCGUCAUACUCCUUAUGGGGCAUGGGGGCGGCGGACAAAAGACAGAGCCCCGCUUAGGCCUGAAGGACCACAACCUGUUCCGAGGGUCCGAUCGAUAUGACUUUGCCAUCGUGGUGCCAGCCUCGGGGCUAGAGUGCUUUUGGCACUUUGCACACCAGAGUGGGAACUUCUACCUAACCUACAUGGUCCAGUGGGUGACAGGACUAGCCAGUGACAACCAUCUUUACGUGACCGUCAUUUCCCCAGAAGGGGCCCUCAUGGCCUCAACAGACAACACCAUUGGUGAAAUCAACUUCCAAACUGAAGUGACCGGUUUUUAUCAGAUGUGCUUGGGGAACUAUAAGAACCACUUUGGUGGCGUCCGAGUCUUUCUCAACUUCGGCGUGUACUAUGAGGGUGCUGAGGAGAUGCAGCGAGAGACAAAGGAAGGAGAAAAAGUCCUCAACAACACUCUGUCCAACAUUGAGGAGAGUACCAACAAGAUACAAGGUCACAUUUUACACAUGUGGCGGCACUACAACUACGCUCGCAUGAGGAGAGGUGCGGACCAUUACAUUCUCCUCUUCAACUACAACUAUGUCACCUGGUGGUCUGCGGUCCAGAGUGUGGUCAUCGUCAUGGUGGGCUACCUGCAGCUCUUCUUCCUCAAGAGGCUUUUCCACACAGACACCCAUAGACCCCGCUGUUGAUGAAUGAUGGCUCGUAAAAUGUCACUCACUGCUUGUGUUGCUUUGCGGAUCGUGUUUGUUCAACGUUAAAGGGAUAGUUCGUCCAAAUUACAAACUUAAAUUGCCCAAGUUAGCAUGUUUAACAUUUCCUGCACAAAUCCCCCCCAAAAUAAAAUGAGCUAGGAUUUCAGACACUAUGGGGUGAUGAAUAGCCAUAAUGUGUGCAAAGUCCAUGUUCACAACCUCUUUUCAAGAUGGAGGCAGGAGCAAUUUACUAUCCAAGACGCUUAUUUAAAAACUGCACAGAAAAAAUGUGGUUGUGUUUAUGAAGGUCUUAGGUAACAUUAGAAUACAGAUUUUUUUUUUUAAGAACACAAUAGCAUUUUUAUUAGUUUGUUACUGUAGGCAAUGGUUAAGCCACCCUGAUAGGUAUACUGUGAUUUGAGGCUUGAUCUACUUACAGUUUUCUAAAGCUACCCAGCUUCAGUCAGCUGGCAAUUCCAUCUCAGGCUUCAUCCUUACUAAGACGGGGGAUAUUGCUUGUCCGCCUGCCGCUAACUCUAGUAGGCUUGAAACGGCGUGUGAGUGUCUCACGGGGAUAAGUCGACGAACUGUUCAUAUUGAGACAAUGCUUAAACAUCAAUAAAUGCGGGGUGCCACAUUUUCAUUUGUGCCAAAAUCAAAAAUCGAAGAAAAGUUAUCUUGCAAAUUCAGCAGCCUGUGGUGUGAAAUAUGCUUGUUAAAUUGGCAUCUUUAGUUUAUUAAUUAUCGUUAAUGGCUUCUUUGGUGUGAUAUCUUGUACUGCUAGUGAAGUUGCUAGCUAGCAAGUUAGCAUAAACUAGCGCUACUAGACUAGUCAUUGUCUAAACACCCUCAUAACCACAAGGAAAACCACAAGGAAAAUGUAUGGAGUAAAAAAUACAUACUUUUCUUCAGGAAUGUAGUGGAGUAAAAUUUGUCAAACAUAUAAAUAGUAAAGUGCAGAUACCCCAAGAAACUACUUAAGUAGUACUUAAAUACAAAUUCUACCAUUUCCCAAAAUUUUACUAAAAUUAUAUACGGACAUGAAAACAAAGCAGCAGAAUGCAGCACAUGUCCAUUAAUUUAAAACAUGUUGUAUAGCCUAUUCAGUGUCAUGAGUUGGGUAGAUCAUAUCAACUCUCAAGCUACUCCUGGAUGGAUAUGGGGCUGAGGACAGCGUCUCCUUCACACUGCACAUCUUGAGAGAAAGAAAAGUAAACUAAUGGGAAAAGAAUGAUCAUAUAAAGCAGGUUUUUACAUUACCAAUGCUUUUGAAUGUGCAAAACAAAUUCCCUCAAGGGGCAAGUUCUUACGUCAAAUUAAAUUAUGGAUAGCACACAUCACACAGUUGAGGAGCACAGGGUCAAGCUGCAGUGCCAACUUCCAGUGCAAGUUGUGGGUUAAGUGCCUUGCUUAAGGGCACAAUGGUAAGGGUUGUUAGGAUAUGAGCCCAGCAGCCCUCCACUUGCCAGAUCAAUUGUGUUGAAGAACCUUUUAAUAAAGCUAAAAUGUUGAGCCAGUGAA